AUGCGUCUGAACCAGGUCGUUCUCCUUUCUCUGCUUGGCUUCGCCGCCGCUGCUCCUACUCCCGACGGACUUGAUAGCUCGCCUGCUGUUGUAGCUGACGACUUCAAGCCCGACUGGGAUGCCUUUGAGCGCGACUUCAAAGUGGCUUUUGACGAGUACAAGGAGGACGCGAGUUUGGCCAAGCGCUUGAACACCCAGAGCGCUAGCAAUGUCGCAUACGGGAAGGCAAUCUAUGCCGCUGGUGCUGCCGCUGUCAAUCAGAUUAAGGGUCUGAAGAACUGGGAUAAGGCCAGGGAACAAUUCACCCAGCUAGUCACCCAGGGCAUGAUGGACCAUAACCCUGACCCCAAAACAGCCGUUGCUGCAAUCUGCUACAACAAGGGCUAUGCAGUCAAGGAUCCGCAAGGGAUCUAUGGCUUGCACAGCGAAAAGCUUUCUGUUUGGCCGGCGUCGACCGACUACGACUGUUUCUACAUGGGCAGAAACAACGCCUUCUGGUCUCAGGGCGAUGGUGGCACCAUCAACUUGUUCACCCGCUGGCAACACGGAGCUUGCCGUUUCGACGACAAAUCGGAUCUCUACUGCUAA